UUUUCAGUCAGCUGCAGACUUUCAGUGAGCGUGGUGUAGGUUGUCGGGAUGAUUUCUCAAAUAGGUGUAGCAGUCGCCUUCUUUAUGUGUUUUGAUCUUUGCAUUUCUGAAAUCUACGUUUUGGAUGAUGAAGUCGGAUUAGGAAGGGUGUUUGACGGUAUAGGAGGUUUGAGUGGUGGAGGGGCUACAUCUCGUCUGCUUGUCAAUUAUGCAGAACCCUACCGCCGCCAGAUAUUGGACUACCUCUUCAAGCCACAGUUCGGGGCUUCUCUACACAUCCUUAAAGUGGAGAUUGGAGGUGAUGCCCAGACCACAGAUGGAACGGAACCGUCUCAUAUGCAUUAUGAAAGUGAUGAGAACUACUUCCGGGGUUAUGAAUGGUGGCUGAUGAAGGAAGCCAAGAAGAGGAACCCAAACAUCACUCUCAUAGGCUUGCCGUGGGCUUUCCCGGGUUGGGUUGGACGUGGGAAGAACUGGCCGUACGACUUUCCAGAUAUUACUGCUUCCUAUGUGGUGUCCUGGGUUGUUGGAGCCAAGCAGUACCAUGACCUGGAUAUUGAUUAUGUCGGGAUUUGGAAUGAACGGAAGUUUGACAGUAACUACAUCAAGCUGCUGCGUUACACUCUGGACAAGAGUGGAUUGGAGAGGGUCAGAAUCAUAGCCAGUGAUAACCUCUGGGAGCCCAUAACCUAUUCAGUGCUUGUCGACCGAGAGCUGGCCAACGCAGUAGACGUGAUAGGGGCCCACUAUCCAGGCACCACCACGAUAGCUGAGGCCCUGAAAUCCCAGAAGACGCUGUGGUCGUCUGAAGAUUACAGCACCUUCAACGACCCGGUGGGGGGAGGCUGUUGGGCCCGUAUUCUCAACCAGAACUAUGUCAACGGACACAUGACCGCCACCAUCUCUUGGAACCUAGUAGCCAGUUACUAUGAGGAUCUUCCGUUUGGACGAGACGGCCUAAUGACAGCAGAGGAACCCUGGUCUGGGAACUAUGUGGUGGAAUCACCCAUCUGGAUAACCGCACACACCACUCAGUUUAGCCAGCCUGGAUGGACCUAUCUGAAGACUGUUGGGCAUCUAACACAUGGUGGAAGUUAUGUCGCCCUGACUGACAGCAAAGGAAACCUCACUGUGGUCAUAGAGACAAUGACACAUGACCAUUCUGUGUGCAUCAGACCUCCACUCCCAGCCUUCAGUGUUACGCCCCAGAAUGUAUCAUUUAAACUCAAUGGAUCUUUUGCCUCGAUCAGGGAACUACAGUUGUGGCAGUCUAAGUUUGACUUCAAGACACAAAAGCACGUCUUCUUCAAGAAACUGAGCCCGAUAAAGAUUUCCUAUGGUUCCUUCUCUUUGAGUCUCGAUGUUGACGAGGUUUACACUUUGACCACGAUAAACACAGGGCAGAAAGGGACUUAUCCAGAUCCACCCCCUUCUGCACCAUUCCCUAAAGUCUACAAAGACGAUUUUAAUAUUGCCAACCCUCCCUUCUCUGAGGCCCCAGACUUUGCUGAUCAGACAGGGGUGUUUGAGUACUACAUCAACUUGACAGAUCCUGGUCCCCAUGUCUUCACCCUGCGCCAAGUAGUCACACAGAUGCCUAUUACCUGGGCAACGGACGCCGACCAGACCAUCAGUGUCAUCGGAGAUUAUAAUUGGGAGAACCUGACCGUGACGUGUGACGUCUUCAUGGAGUCUGUGAAGACUGGAGGAGUGUUUAUCGCAGCCAGAGUUGACCGAGGAGGGCAGGCUGUCCGUGGUGCCAAGGGAGUCUUCUUCUGGGUUUUUGCAGAUGGCUCCUACAAAGUCACCAAUGACCUUGUUGGAAGGACUGUUUUGGCCAAGGGUCUGUCUGGAACGAGUGCAUACAGCUGGUACACAUUGUCCCUCACAGUCCAGGGGCAAUAUGCUACAGGGAUGGUGAAUGGAGAGCAACUAUGGAAGAAUGAUGUAGUGUUGGGACAACAUAAUGGUUGGGCUGCCAUUGGAACAAACUCCUUUGAACUGGCACAGUUUGACAACUUUGUUAUGGAGGUGAAAUAAUGUGUGUAAUGAAAUCUCAUUGACCAAUAUGCCUUGGACCAUACAUUAAUUUGGCACCUGCAGGUACCUCAUUGGCUGUGUUUACACAGGCAGACUUAUUCUGAAGAAUAUCACAAAUGAAUGGAAUCAGAAAUUCCCAUGUCUUAACAAGCCAUUGCUGAAAUGUGAUUUUGUGUCAAUUUAUACAAUUCCGACUGAGUGGAUUUUCACUAAUGCUCUUUCAAAAGGGAAUAACAAUUAUUUUUUUAUAUUUUUGUCUUUAAAAGUCGAUAUUAGUUUUUUAAUGCACUGAAGAGAAAUAAUUGCAAUGACUGUGAUUGUAAAGUAUGACAAUUUUUCAAUAAAGAUUAUGUUUUAAGCGUU